AUGUUAGAAGGGUUUACCCUAACAGUCUUUGAAGACCCCUCAUUUGAUAAGGCGACCACCGCUCUGCUUCGCACCUAUUUCAGGAAGUGGGCUACGAUUGCACCGCUGCAGGAACAGGGUGUCGAUACUAUCGGGUAUUCGGGUCGCUACAGAUUUUUUGUCAUAGUCGAGCAGGAGGCGCUAGAGUCUGUCUUGAGCUCGGACCCGGAUGCUAUAACGCAAACCGGAUUUGUUCGUUUGGUUUAUAGGGAAUGGAAACCGGAGGUAAAUGAAGAUAGCAAUGAGUCAGUCGAUUCGGAUAAGGAGUUUGAGCCCCUAGAGGGAUGCACGCAGGAAGAUGUUAGUUGGAUGAAAGUGCCUUACGAUGAGGUGCAGGCGAUUGGAGCCACGGAAAUGUGCAACACGCACGACUGGGAUAUGUAUUAUGCUCGUCCUCCGGAAAUGCAGGCCUUGGAUUGA